AUGGCGCCUAGGACACGGGGGUCUCGCAAGGCUGCUCGAGGUCCUAAAACCCCAGAGCCCUUCGCGACGACUGACAUUCGACCCCCUUCUCCUCCGCGACCGCGAUUUCGACUUAGGCGACGUGCUCCCUCGUCCAACCUCAAGGCUCCCACCCAGCAAUUCCUCGCGUCCGUCGCGACAGCAGACGUACCCAUUCCAAGCAUCGAAGAGCCUCGUCUCCUCGACGAAGACAUGGUGGAUACGCUCAGCACCAGCUUCCCUCAAUUCAACCCUUAUCACUUAUUCCCCGACGAUGGCGACUUGCAUCGCGGAAGAACCUCUUCACCCCCCAAGACUCCCGCUCCUCACUCCGUCCCCUCGCUAUCGCCAAAGCGAUUUCCCAAUUGGUCGCUCGACCAGGCCUACAGCUGCCUUGAGUCGAGCCCAGAAUGCGACAGUCGGCCGUCAACGGCGCAGUCGACGCAGACAAGCAGCUCGCUCUUUAGCCGCUAUUCUCUGAAUUCAGACAACCUGAGUCAGUACAGCAUUGAUGCCGACGACGACGUCGACCUGCUCGGUUCCUCGUCAAUUGAAGACGGUAGCAAAACCAUCAAACCCGUUCGCGCUCCCGCCGCGUCCAGCAGGCGCUCGCGCAAAGCUCCGUGGACCAGGUCAAUGAGCCAACACCUCUGGUCCGUGUACAUGACCUAUCUACAAGAUCCCCACGUCACUCCGUUUCACGUUGCCAAGAGCGGCAUUCCUCCUCAGGGAGUAUGUAUGCGCGUCGCCAGGGAAGCAAAGCGGAGUUGGAAGGGCCCCAAGUCAAAGUCUAAGCAGACCGAUCACAGCGGAAGCGCGACGCCCACCGUUGAAGCUGCGCCGACGUCUUACGUGCAGUGGCCGCACAGCUGCGCAGCGACUCGCGCUCACCUGCGAGAGCUCUGCAAAGCCAGCGCGACCAGUGCUGCACGCAAUCAACACUACAUGGGCCGCAAUCCUACGCCUUUCGGCAGGACAGCCAAUCGCGUCUGGAACCGCCGAAUGGCACCAAGCCGUUCCCAGUCCGCCUUCUCUGGAAAUGACAUGGCCCUGUCCCUGGCGGUCAGCACAUGCGAAUCGAUGCAGCCUCAUGGACCGCUGGCCCAGCUUACCGGAUCUCAAGAUCAGCAGCCAUCCAUGGAGCUUUUCGCACCGCCGUCACUGAUAGAAGCCGCUGCCCCUGUGUCAGGCUCGGGAGCUGCCGGUGCGGACAUUACCCGGCUGGGCUCCCCCUUCGUCGCUAGAAGCUACGGUCCCAGCGCUUCCAAUUCGCUUGCAGACGGCUUCGGUAUGAGCCUAGAGCCACAGGGACCAAUAAGCAGUUCUGUGGGGACUCGAAGGCGUAGCCUAGGCUCGCCGGCUCGACUCAGUAACAACAGCCGGGGCAGCAAUCAGAAGCGCAGAUCCAAGCAGUCUGCUGCCGUCGAACCCAGGAGGAAGCGUCCUAGUCUCGGCUCGGACUUUUGGGUUGAUCCAUCCAACAAUGGGGCUUCGACUCAAGCCACGCCCUCGGCCGAGUUCAGCUCCACCGCCUCGACCCAACGGGAUGCACUUUUCAUUCCCCGGACCAACUUGCAGGAGCUCUUUGAAGCAUCUCAUCCUCGUGCCGCCUCCCCGCCCCCAUCAUCUUCCCCUUCUGGAGAGACUGAGAAACCCGGCGCGGCCACAAUUGCACCUCAAGGAGCUUCAGGUCUAAGUUCAAGCCUAGGUCCGAGCCUGGGCCCGAGCCUCGCUCCUCCUCUCGCCGACGCACCCCUCAGACUCGGUUCUCCAUUCUCUGCUGCCAAGGCAAGCUUCUCCUUCCCGGGCCGGCGAUCAAACAGCAUCUCCGCCAUCGACUUUAGUAUCAUUCGCAGGCCAUUUGCCACUGUUCAGCAGCCCAUCGAGUCCGAAAGCACGUCCCCAAAGUCAUCUUUACGAAGCCGCCUCGCUUACAUCGACGAGCGACUCAAGGAUUUCCGCCGCCGCGACCACCCUCGCCGGCGGUCACAAUCGCCUGUCUAA